UCAGAACAUGAAAGGUACAUAGUUUCUCACUUUUUCACCAUCAUUCAAACAAAAAUGGCACUUCUUCAAAUAAGGCUGUAUUAGCAUAAACAUUUGAAGAUUAUGAGUGUAUAAAUAAGAAGAAAUGAAAAUAAGACCCUAGAUUUCCCCACAUGCCUUACAAGUGAUUUGAAUGGUUUUGGUCAAAAGAAAAUAUGUGUAAACUACGCAAGAAGCAAAUGUGUAUGGGGGAUGCAAUCGUGAUAUGCGACUGCAAUCCUUCAGCGCCAUGUAGUCUUCCAAUAAAAUUAUGUCCAGUACAUCACAACAGGCUCCAAAGGAUAGAACCUCAAUAUAUGAUGGUACCCGUGCCUCCACCUACCAGACAUCAUAGACAUUCGCGUAAACACCAAGGGAAUAGAGCACAGAAAGGCGAACCUUGUCCGUUUCGACGCGAUUCAGAAACUGAUACAAGCUACGAAUUUGAAGAAUACAGAAAACCUAGCAGACGUAUUUUUCCAAAUUUCAGAUCCGUACAAUACCAGAGGAGGGAUAAUAGGAAUGGAGUUAUGAUGGAAAGCCCAUCCGAUCAGACCAACCUUUCACCAGGUAUUAACUAUAAUAUCAUUUUCGAAAGGAUAGAUAAGUGGGGAGAAAUUACUAGCAAUUUGAUCGAAAAACUUUCAAAAGAUUUAGGAGGAAACAGAUACGAGAAUUUUAAAAGACAAGGCUGUACUCAUGCAACUCGGGAUGGGCUAAGAGAACUUGCUACUUAAAAAAAUCGACAAACGGUGAAAGACAAAUUUUAUCAAAAAUAAUAUACGAUUUGUCGAGAUCAAAUAAUAUGAACUUUAAUUAAAAAUGGAAUGUUGCAAAAUGGGUAUUACAGAACAAUGCCAGUAUUACUAUGCACCCAAAUCAAAUGAAUGAGUGGAAAGCUGGACAUUACACAACAUGAAAAAAAUUUUUGUUAAAUUAAAAAAAUUAUGUUUAAAAAAUUAAAAAUGUUUGUCUCUUAGGGUAUAUUUUCAUUUACAUAAACAGAGGUAUGAAAGUUUGCAUUAUAUAAUACAUAUAAAUUAUUAAAAAUAAUCAUAAAUAUUCGUAAUUGUUAUUCAUAAGUUAUCAUCUUAUUAAAUCCAGGAUAGCACGGAGGACAAGGACCAAUAAAUAACAGCUUAAAGAAACUGGCCAAUCAAAUAACUCAUAAUACGAAAGCAAGGAGGUUAAUAUUUACGGUGUAUACAAGUAUCUCGGAGCAAUCCACCAGCCUAUAUACAAUAUUGAAUGCCUCAAUAGUAGGCAAGAGAAUACUUGAAAGGCCAAAAACAGGAUAGAUAGAUAGCAUCAACAAAGAUGCAACAGAGCGGAAGAUAACUGAAAAGAAUCAGUCUGAGAUAGGCAAAGAUGUAGAAAGCUGGUAAAGAUCUAU